AAGAAACCUGAUCAGGAUCCCAAUUAUGGGUAUUGUUUUAUGGGCUUGUUUACUUGUAAUUGUGUAUCUGUUCAUCAAGAUUUCCUAUCAAACUCUUGAUUCUUACUUGCUAACACCCACACGUAUCAAGAACAUCAUGGCACGGCAAGGAAUCCAUGGUCCCAAACCACGAUUCCUAAUCGGAAACCUCUUGGACAUCGCAUCUCUCGUCUCCAAAUCAACGUCCUUGGACAUGCUUUACAUUGAUCAUGAUAUCGUUCCACGCCUCUUACCACACUUCAUCCUUUGGUCCAAAAUUUACGGAAAAAGGUUUAUAUAUUGGAACGGGACGGAGCCACGGAUGUGCUUGACGGAGACUGACUUGAUUAAAGAGCUUUUAGUAAAGCAUAGCACUAUAUCUGGCAAAUCAUGGCUUCAACAACAAGGUUGUAAGCAUUUUAUUGGCCGCGGCCUUUUAAUGGCCAAUGGCAAUGACUGGCAACAUCAGCGUCACAUCGUUGCACCUGCAUUCAUGCGAGACAAGCUCAAGAGUUACGCUAGUUACAUGUUGGAAUGUACUAAGGAAAUGAUUGAAUCAUUGGAAAAACAAGUUUUAAGAGGACAAGUUGAGUUCGAGAUUGGAGAAUACAUGGCUCAACUCACGGCUGACAUUAUUUCUCGAACCGAAUUUGAUACUAGUUGUGAAAAGGGGAAACAAAUAUUUCAUUUGUUAACGAAUUUACAACAAUUGUGUGCUCAAGCUAGUCGACACUUAUGCUUUCCCGGUAGCCGAUUUCUUCCAAGUAAAUAUAAUAGAGAGAUAAAGUCGCUAAAAAUGGAAGUCGAGAGAUUGUUGAUGGAGAUCAUACAAAGUAGAACAGAUUGUGUUGAAAUUGGUCGGAGUAGUUCGUAUGGGAAUGAUUUGUUAGGAAUGUUGCUCAAUGAAAUGCAGAAGAAACGAGUUGGGAAUGGAUUUGGCUUAAAUUUGCAAGUGAUUAUGGAUGAAUGCAAAACGUUUUUCUUUGCCGGACACGAGACUACCGCAUUGUUACUCACAUGGACAAUUAUGUUACUAGCCAACAACACGUCUUGGCAAGACAAGGUUCGAGCUGAGGUUCGACAAGUCUGUAACGGUGGUUACCCCUCGUUCGAACAUCUCUCCAAGCUCUCACUGUUAAAUAUGGUGAUAAACGAAUCCUUGAGAUUAUAUCCUCCAGCAACUGUUCUUCCCCGAAUGGUGUUUGAAGAUAUCACACUUGGUGACCUCCAUAUUCCAAAAGGAUUGUCAAUAUGGAUACCGGUCCUCGCAAUACACCAUAGCGAAGAGAUAUGGGGUAAAGAUGCAAACGAAUUCAACCCUGAUCGAUUUGCCUCUAAGACAUUCUCUCAAGGACGACAUUUUAUGCCGUUUGCAGCCGGCCCUCGCAAUUGUGUUGGCCAAUCGUUUGCUUUGAUGGAAGCUAAGAUCAUUUUGGCCAUGUUAAUAUCUAAAUUUAAUUUUACAAUAUCGGAUAACUAUAGACACGCACCAAUUAUUGUGCUAACUAUAAAACCUAAAUACGGGGUUCAAGUGUGUUUGAAGCCCUUAAUAGAAUGAGGGAGAGAGUUGUUCUAAUUUUGCUGAUUGGGAUUGAGCAAUUUUGGGUAU